CCUGAUUGUAUAUGAGGCUCCAGCUCGCUGGCCCGUGUCAUGACGCUGUACCGCUGGCUUUGUCGUAGACACCUUGGUAGGCCUUGGUGGCCCUCGAGCUCCUCAGGCGCACAUCCGGAGUGCUUGAGUAGUGAAGUUGGCUACAGUGCGCACGGUCGUGAACUUUCAUUCAGCGACUUGAAACUGUAGAUAGCUCGAAACCAGGGGCGCCCCCCACGGGCGCCUCCGCAGGCCCCCGCCACCUCAGUCAGUGUUUCUUGUCGACUACUUGCAGGGGUUCCCUGACUACUUGAGGAGCAGUUGCCAAGGCUGUCUCCCAUCACGCCGUGUGAUGUCGAGAGGCGCUGAUUGCUUUCAGCGCACACGGAGCGGGAACCUCUCAGUGCCUCAGAACUUCUACGCAGUCAAUCCAAACCUGAGCUCAUAGUUUGCAGCUGUUAGGCGGGUGCGGCGCGGCUGGCUGCUGUGUGAGUCCGCCUCAGUAUGGCGUGGCUCAGACGGCAACAGCCAGCUGCGCCUGUCCAGCGGUGGUCGUCACGGCGUCAUGUAGAUGCAUAUCGUCGCACAGUGGCAAUGGCGGUAUUGCUGCUGCUUGGGCUAGUGCUGGAGCCGCAGAGUCUCAGUGGAGCCGUCGCACGGCACCAGGGGAUGCUGCCGCUGCCGCUGCCACUGGGUGGUUAUGACGGCACCAGCAGCACUCAGCAGCGCGGGCUGUUGCAAGCAUCAGACCGGGCCGCGGGCGUGGAUGCCGCUGAGGUCGCGGCAGCGGCAGGAUACCCAAGUGCAGGGGCAGUGCUCGUGAGCACAGCGGCACAACUGGUGGCGGCGAUUGCGGACCCGGGCGUGCAGGUUGCGGUAUUGGCGAGUAGUGUGUCACUGACGGAGGCGGACUGGGCGCCUGUGGCCCAGCCGGUGGUGGAGGUGCGGCGCAACCUCACGCUCCUGGGUGCCCACACGGACCCCGCCGCCUGGCCCACCCUCAACCUCGGAUACACCGCCCAUGUGGACAGCGUUGGGAGCGUGCGGGAUGCCAAGGUGCGGAUGGGGCCUGGCUGUAUCAUCACCUUCCAGCACCUUGUACUUACGGACGGGCGCGAGCUGCCACAGUUCCUGUUCGUAGGCCUGGACAUUUUUGCCCAGUCACCGGUACCCAACAGCACACUCGCCGCCGCCUGGCCGCUGGUGGUGGUGCAUGAGGCAGCGCUGUGGCAGCGGAGUUGCCUGCCGCUGUCGAUCAAGGGCUUGCCGAGCCGCAACCUGCCGCGGCCGGCGUUCCUGCCGGGCGUGCAGAACAGCACGGGCACGUACUUGCUGCGGCCGCCGAACUGCACCGAUGACGCCAGCGCGCCGCCCAUGACUCGCUGCUGGCCGGCACGGGGCCUCCACCACGACAUGGCCAUGUAUGCCUACGACGCGGAUGCCUACGACCGCCAGACGCUCGCAGGCUAUGCCAUGCACCUUCUCAACGCCACAUUCUGGUGUGAUAUCCUGAUGACCGACGAAUGCGUCACCGCGCACGGAGGAUACCUGGCCUGCUACUACAGCCUGUACCCCUACAGCCGGAAAGUCAGCCUGACGUCACCACCGCCUUCAGCAGCCCCGAACACAACAAGCGGUGGGGGCGGCAGCGUCUCCACCGCCGCGCAGGUGAUGGGUGCCCAGUCAGCAGCAACAGCCACAGCGGAGGCGGAGGCGGGUAAAGGCGGCAGUGACAGCACGGGCUCGCCAUCCGUCCUGGCGCCGGUGCUGUGCGGCGUCCUGGCAGGCCUGGUAGCGCUGGCUCUGGGCGCUGGCCUGUUAGUGGCUGUGAUCAUCUACCGGCGGCGGCGCACACAGCAACAUAAACAGCAACAGCGCGAGAAGGAUUGCAGCAGCGAGUCGGCGGCCUCAACCCCACACGUCAGGCAGCUUCUGUUGACAAAGGCAGGGCAGGGCGUCGCCGCUUCCAACCCGCCUGCUGUGCCUGCUCCGGCUGCCGCCGGGCCCGGUGCUGGUCGCUAUAACGACAGCAGCAGUCACGCACUCCCGGUGUCUUCGCUGGCUCACAAAAACAGAUGCAGUAAUGCCGGCGCCUCGGGAAAGUUAUUAGCCUUCCGGUGCGCAACCGACAGCGACACAAUGUCGAUGCUGGUGUCGGGCGCCUACGGCUCUCAUUGCCUUGACGCCAGCGACAGGGCUGGCGGCGCGUCGCCGUGUACACGUCCCAGCGGCGCCCCCUCAGCCGACACGCCCAGCAAUGAGCCCACGAGCACGACCUCGCCCACUUACAACAUGGCAAUACAGACUGCACUCGCCAUCGAGCCCAUCGAGGAGGACGAGAUAGCGCUGGUUCCUGUGACGCCCCUGACGCCUUUCCAGUCCCACAUCCCGCUCGACGUCAAGCUGGGCUGCGGCGGUGGCGAGGUGCAGCUGCUGCCCGUCACGCUGGGGAAAGGCGCCUGCGGGCGUGUGGUGCAGGGCGUGUGGUGCGGCCGGCGGGUGGCGGUGAAGCUGCUGCACCGGGGCCGCUUCAACGCAGCGGCGGCCGCGCACGUUGGCGGGCUGGGCAUCGGCGAGGUGUUCCACGGCGCGCCGCCACUAGCGGCGGCAGAGGUAGCGGGUACACCUGUGCGCCCGCGGGAGCUCGUCACUCCCACGCCCCGCGGUUGGCUGCUUGAUGGCAAGGAGCAGCAGCAGGUGGCAUCUGCAGGGGCCAAUGGCGGCCCGCUGCUCUCGGUCGGCAUGCUCAGCCAUGUGGCGGAUGGCGACCAGCGCACAGGCCUGGCGCCGCCGACGGGUGCAAGCACGGGCUUGACGCUCGUCGACAGCUGCAUGCGGGCGUCACUUGCUGUUCCUGACAGCAGCAGUGGACCGCAGCCGGUGCAGGCACCAGCAACACCACCUGUGGAUGCCUCCGUGCCCGAGGCAACAAUGGCGCAGCCGGGGCCUGCGGAGGCAGCGCUGCUUGCGCUUGCUGCGGCCGCUACCCCGGCAGCCCUGGCCAUGGGGCCGUGGUGGCUGGGCACUGGCUCGUUCGGUGGCACAAAGGAGACCGGCGCGGUGCCUGUCGCGCAGGCUGCUCAUCAGAUGGGGGGCGUUGAUGAGGGCAGCAAGGGGCGCGGCAACAGCCCCUCGGGUGUCGCCAGCAGCCCGCCCGAGGCUCACGCUGCGGCAACACCUGCGCAUGCUGCAGCCCUCGACGCUGCAGGAGCAGCAGCAGCAGCAGCAGCGCCACCGGGGCAAGGGGACUUGGAGGAGCAGCUGCCUCUGAGGGUGGCUGGUGCUGGUCAGGCGCCAAUUGCAGCGAUGUUGCCGCAAGCCGCCGCCCGGCCACUUGGGCUCGCGAGCGUGCGCAUGGGUGGCUCGUCCGUUCUGGAUCCACUCAAAGCCGGCAGCGACGCCCUCGGCGCACGCGGGGCGCCGCAGCAGCUGCUGGCGCCACAGCCGCGCCUAGAUCGCUCGCUGCUAUCCAAAAUGUCGCCAGACUCGCUCAUGAGCAUCAGCAUCCUAGCGGACGGCGAGAGCAGCGCGAUGGCUGGAUGUCUGUCGGGGUGGGGCACGCGGCACAAACAGUCCCUUCCACCCGUGGCCGAUGAUGGGGCCACCGCUGCCACUGCCUCCGUCAGCACCAUCAGCGAUGGGGGCCCAAGCGCCGCACCGGUUGCGGCCACGACCGCAGCGUCCGCGAAUGUGGCGGCUUCCAUUUUUCCUGACGUGUCCACCCUCGACGACGCAGCAGGCGAGACGGCAGCGGCGGCUGCUGGGCGGCUCCAGUCGGCGGUUCGACGCAGGCAGCCGCUCACGCACGGCGGCGCGGUCCGGCGCACCAUGGCUCAGGAGGUGGAGGUGUUGGCCCGGCUGCAGCACGCCAACAUCGUCCAGCUGCUGGCCGCGAACCUCAACCCCGCCUGCCCCUGCCUGGUGGUGGAGCUGAUGGACACCUCCCUCGACAAGGUCCUGUACGGCGGCGUGAAUGCGGCUGGCCCAGCGGCGCCGGCCGGCGGCGCUGGUGCUGGCGGCGGCUGCCUAUCGCCCCGCAGCCAGGCGCCGCUGCUGCCCCUGCCAAAGGUGCUUCACAUCGCGCUGCAGGUGGCGCGCGCACUUGCGUACCUGCACCCCACCAUCAUCCACAGGGACCUGAAGCCCGCCAACGUGCUGGUCUCAGACCCCGACAGCGCCUCGCCCGUCGUCAAGAUAGCGGACUUCGGCCUGUCGCGGCUUCAGGAUACGGUGCUCAUCACCGCGCACGUGGACGUGGGCACAGCGCCCUACAUGGCGCCGGAAGCUCUUGACGCGCGCAACUGCGUCAUCACGCACCACUCCGACAUGUACUCGUACGGCAUCAUGCUGUAUGAGAUGCUGGCGGGCGCGAGGCCGUGGAGGGGCAUGAACAUGCUGCAGAUCGCGGUGGCUGUGUGUGAUAAGCAGCAGCGGCCGCGUGUGGAGGACCUGGGCCAGGCGCGCUGUCCGCCGGCGCUGCGGGCCCUGGUGGCGCAGUGCUGGGACCCGGUGCCGGAGCGGCGGCCCAGUGCGGCGGAGGUGGCCAAGCAGCUGGCGAUCAUGAUGCAGCAGCUGUAGAUGUAUAUUUUGGGCCCGCAAAGCCGUAACAGCAGCAACGGCACUUGUGGAUCCAAGGUUUCUUCAAGAGCAGGUCGGGUUGCGUAUGAAUCCGGAUUGCGGUGCGUGGCGCUUGCGGUGCGUCGUAAGCAGCUCAAUCUGUUCUCCAUGCAUGUAAGCUGCCUGUCUUAUGGCUGUGCUGCAUCGCAGUUCCCGUACUGCUCACUUGCGUUAUCGGCGAGAACUGAUGAAGCCGAGACUGCAGGUCUAUUCAUGCUAUGUAUGGGCGCUUAUAAUGUAUGAUGACAUGCGCCGGGCCUCUCCUGUGUAGGGGCAUGUCAUAGGAUAAUGCAUCGCUGUGGAGAUGGGGGCAUGCUUUCUUGCUGUCCUGGUAUUGGUUGACGUAUCAACACUACAUAAUUUUGUGCAGGGUUGCUGCCGAGGAACUGUGAAAAGCACGCUGUGUGGGGGGGGGCGACAGGGUGCUAUUGGGUGUGCAGUGCUGCGUUGGGCACAGGCAAUGCUGUCAGUAGUGCACAGGGUGAGCUUGGCACGCACUUUGUCCGACUCGUUCGUCGUGAUGCAUUACCGGCAUGGGUCCUCGUAAAAUCUUGUCAACACGCUACUGAGAAUACGGCGAUUACCAAAUGCUUGCCACACCCGUCACCACAAGGCGUGCCAUUGUGCGUUGCUUGCCUGCUGACUGCACGGGAAUCCUGAAAGCUGACCGUAUGUAUGGCACGAUGCCGUGUGCUAUGUGAUUUUGCAGCCCAUUCCAAAGUUGCCCAUUGAGUAAACCACCAUGAUGUGGGUGCUUGACAGUUGGUUGCUUCUACGCCAUGUGUGUGUGUGUGUUUUUGUGUGUGCAAGAGGCUCACCAACUGGUAUGGCCAGGGGUCACCCCUGGGUAUGGUCUUGCCAAUUGCAGGUGCGUGAGGGCGCGACGGGUACAAGGCAGGCCAUGCGCGUUGUCUGCGGCGCCCUCCGAUAACAAGCAUUUCGGUAGCUUAGUUCGAAGGGAGCGUGCCAUUUUAUGUUUGCUUGGUGCGACAAGCUCAGCGGCAAGGACGUCGAGUGUAGUUGUUGUCGAAAUACUUAAAAUUAACAGACAUUUGUAUCCCGCGGCGUGGCUUGCUUGGUGGGCUAGCUUGCUGCCAUGGAUGCACUAAUGUGCUAUGAUGGGGCAGGUCAACGGGCUUGACAGCUUGUGCUGGCAGAGGCAUAAUCAGUGGAUGACGCCAUCCCGGCGUCAUUAAUCCUGCUUGCAUUUGUUUGGUGAUGUGAAACCUGACAGUACCCUAUUUAUCUGCGGUCCUGACGGCGCCACACGGUCGUCGGCGCUCAGUGCUGCGCUGCUGAUUGCACUCACAACCCUGUAACUUAAGAAAUAA